AUGUUUGUUUCAUCCCAGCAUCCCAGUAUAGAGGCUGGCUGUCGGUCCGCCCGACCACUUAUCAAUCGACAAGGUGGGGAUCUCGUGGACAAGCGAAACUUAUACCAUGGUGAUCAUAACAUGUCGUCCAAGGCAGAAACAGAGGGCUCCAUAAUGCAGCUGACACAAGCAUUAGGCCUACACGUCAACCACGACCUGGCUGGCAUGGGCGGCGUCUACUUUGACUCGGAGGAAACUCCCUACCUGUGGCGGUACCCAUUCCCUCCGGAUGUGCAGGCUCAGCUAGUGUCCACGGACAACCCAAAGGGGAACGUCACCAACAGUGACCUAGAGCAGGCCGCCAUCUUUGCCCAACACGUCACCUACGCCACCCGCUACACUCUCUCGGACAACACCCCGUCCGUCUCCAGGAUCUCCAAAGGGGCGGUGACUUCGGAUGGUCCUGUGGUGUUCCUCUGCACCUACGCCUGCCGCCACCAACGAGAACACCGAUCAUGCGCCCUCUCGUCCUACUUCCUUUGGCACCAAUUCGACCGAGUCAGGAUCAACGAUCAUAUCAUCGCUGGAAAAGGAAACGUGGGAGUCAGGAAUUCAAAAAUCCUCAUGUAA